ACUUCACCUUCCCUCCCUCCAAUCUCAGUCCUCACCUACCGCUCUAUAUUCUCCUCCGCAGCUCCGAACGAACGUUUCUGGUGUUCUUGGCUUCCUUUGCGGGUCUAACAGAUCCUUAUGGCUCUCUCUCGCUUUGCUUCUUCUUCUUCUUCGUCUAGAUCUAAUCUCCUUAGACCCAUCUCCUCUGCAUUCUCCUCCGCCCCUUCUCUCCGUCGUUCUAUCUCCUCGGCCGAUGACUCCUCUACUCUUACCAUUGAGACCUCUCUUCCAUUCACCGCCCACAAUUGUGACACUCCCUCCCGCUCCGUCGACACCACUCCCAAGGAACUCAUGUCCUUCUUCCGCGACAUGGCCAUCAUGCGGCGGAUGGAGAUAGCCGCCGAUUCCCUUUAUAAGUCUAAGCUCAUCCGAGGGUUCUGUCACUUGUACGAUGGCCAGGAAGCGGUGGCCACUGGCAUGGAGGCUGCCAUUACGAAGAAGGAUUGCAUAAUAACAUCUUACCGUGAUCAUUGUACCUUCCUGGCUCGCGGUGGAACCCUGCUAGAGGUAUAUGCUGAGCUCAUGGGUCGUCAAGAUGGGUGUGCGAAGGGAAAGGGUGGCUCUAUGCACUUCUAUAGGAAGGAAGCUGGGUUCUAUGGCGGUCACGGGAUCGUUGGGGCUCAGAUACCGCUUGGGUGUGGAUUAGCUUUUGCUCAGAAGUACUCUAAGGAUGAAAAUGUGACCUUCGCUUUGUAUGGUGAUGGUGCGGCAAAUCAGGGGCAGUUGUUCGAGGCGUUAAACAUAGCCGCGCUCUGGGAUCUCCCUGCCAUUUUGGUCUGCGAGAAUAAUCAUUACGGGAUGGGGACGGCGGAGUGGAGAGCUGCUAAGAAUCCUGCUUAUUACAAGCGUGGUGAUUAUGUUGCUGGAUUGAAGGUAGAUGGCAUGGAUGUUCUUGCUGUAAAACAGGCAUGCAAAUUUGCAAAGGAGUAUGCUUUGAAGAAUGGGCCCAUUGUUCUUGAAUUGGAUACCUACAGGUACCAUGGCCAUUCCAUGUCUGAUCCUGGCAGCACAUAUCGUACACGUGAUGAGGUUUCUGGCGUGAGACAGGAACGUGAUCCAAUUGAGAGAGUAAGAAAGCUGUUAUUGAAACAUGAGAUUGCUGCUGAAAAGGAAUUAAAGGACAUUGAAAAGGAAGUCAGAAAAGAAGUUGACGAAACUAUAGCUAAAGCAAAGGAGAGUUCAUUGCCGGAUCCAUCUGAAUUAUUCACCAAUGUAUAUGUUAGUGGUUUAGGGACUGAGGCAUUUGGGGUUGACAGGAAGGAAGUAAGAGUUACUUUACCAUGAUGAGUUCCUCGUUUUUCAAAUCACUUUCACCCUCGGGACCUGACCAUUCAAAAUAGCAAGGAAUAAAAGGUACAAGGGCAGAAGUUCAUCUCUUUACCUAUUGUUUCAAAAUAACUAUAGGGCAGAAUACAUUUUUUUCACGUAACUUUGGGGGAGCCAACAACCAUAUAAGCAGUUAACAUUGCUGUAAUUGAUUAUGCAUCAAAAGUUCCUGAGCGAUCUGCAAAUUUGAGCAGCUCAUUUUGCUCAACUUCACGGAAUUUCUUUUCUUAAUUGGUGGCCAGCUUUAUAGCUUUGGCCAUUAGUUUUGCCUGCAUUCAAGCCUCCCAAUAUUUUUUAUCAAACUAAAUUUUGAAUGUCAAGAACUCAGGUCUUUCUUGACCCAAUUUUCAUGCCU